AUGUCUCCCUGCUCUCUCCUCCUGUCCCUGCUGUUGGCUGCAGCGCUGCAGUGUGAGCAUGCCCAGUGCAGACGUGUGCUGUGCUCCGACCGCUGCUGCUCCUUCGUAGAGGGCUUCCCCGUCAGACUGAAUGAGCUCCGCACCGCCUUCUCUACCAUCAGAGACUACUACGGGGCUAAUGAUCAAGGUGAGUUCAUACUGUCUCUUCUCGACAAGGGGAUUCUCGACCACAUCAAGUGUCAUACUGUCUCCUCUAUGGACAGCAUCAAGGUGAGUUCAUAUCUCCACACGGUGUUGCCCACCGCAAUGAACAACAGAACACAGAACCAAGGUGAGUUUAAAUCUCCCAUCGACUCCAUCGGAAACAUCUUCCAGAGAGGGGCUGAACAAAGAGUUCAUACUAGGAACUACUUUUCCUGUAAGAAACCGUUUGACAUCAACAACUUAAUCUCCUCAUAUAAAAAGAUGCAGGAUAAGGGCCUUUAUAAGGCAAUGGGAGAGCUGGACCUGCUCUUCAACUACAUCGAGGAGUACCUGGUCUCUCAGAGACGCAAACACUGACCCCUGACCCCUAACCACUGCCUCAGCCAACCAGGACACACUGACCCUGAGCAUGGACCAACAAGAAUGAGUAACCUCAAACCUCUAAUAACCUCCAACCCCAAAC